CAGGGUCCAUACUGUUAUCUUCCAUGUGGCAAUCUGACUUUCAGUCGUCACUAAAAGACCUACAAAGACUUAGAAUGGUCAUAUAUUUUACUUAUGGGUUGCUGUUAGCAUUCUUUGCUUUGCCUGUAACCUUACUUGGUGAUUUGGCUUUCCGAUGUCCAAGUUGUACAGCGGAACGUCAAGCUCUGUGUCCCAAAGUCACAGCAGCAUGUAUGGAAAUAGUGAGGGAGCCCGGCUGCGGCUGUUGUCCCCUGUGUGCCAGGCUGGAAGGGGAGCUCUGCGGGGUCUAUACGCCAAGGUGCUCCGGCGGCUUGAGGUGCUACCCAAGCACCGAGUCUGAAUUACCUUUGCAACAGCUCAUCCAGGGUUUAGGACGAUGUGGACAAAAAGUGGAAUUGGAUGUCACAAGUUUGGACCACCAUGCUACAAAUGAGGUACAUGGGACUGAGAAUCCAUUCACCAAAAGACCUUUAGAUGCCUGGUUUUGGCAGGAGGCGGCCAGGAAACAACACAUCAAUGAGCGCAAUGCCAAGAUGAAGAAGAAUCAACUAGAGGACCCUCGAACCCAGAAAGUGCUGCAGAGCGCCUGUCAGCAGGAACUGGACAAGGUCUUAGAGGAGAUCUCCAAAAUGACCUCUGAGGAUAACAGAGGCCCGCUGGAGAACCUGUACGGGCUCAAAUUUCCAAACUGUGACAGACAUGGACAUUACAACCUCAAACAGUGCAACAUGUCCACCCAUGGCCAGCGGGGAGAGUGCUGGUGUGUUAACCCCUUAACCGGGAUCCAGAUUCCAGAAACGCCUAAAGUCAGAGGGGAUCCUAACUGUAACCAGUUUCAGGAGGAGCUCCGAGCGAUGCCGACUGAGGCAACGUCUCCCUAGCACAGUCCAGCACAGCCUGGGACAAGAUCGGCU